AGAGUUAGAGCUUUCACCGAUCCCACAGAUAUGAUGCUUUCUUCUUGUUUUCAGCCGUUUUGCAUACCCAUAUCUUUCAUGACCUGGAACGCGGUGAAAUGGGUCGGGCAAAAAUAUUUUCGGGCCUCAUAUAAAAGCCAGCACGCCGCCAUCGCUGUCACAGUGUCAUCUCAGUCGAACUAACGCAAAGAUGUCUGUGAAGCUGUUUGCUGUGGCAUCCUUCGCCCUCUUCGUCGCCCUAGCGCAGGCUGGGUUGCAACCGGCGGCUGUAGUGGCUUCCCCUCUCGUCGCCAAAGCCGUGGUGGCCGCUCCCGUCGGAGUUCAGUCGUAUUCGUUCGGCUACGAUACUGCUGACGAGUACGGUACCAGGCAGACUCGCCAAGAAACCAGCGACCUCAACAACGUCCGCAGUGGUUCGUACGGCUACUCCGAAGCCAACGGCCUCUACCGCCAAGUCAACUACAUUGCGGACGCUGCGGGAUUCCGCGCCACCAUUCACACGAACGAACCCGGCACCGCAGGUGGUCACACAGCCGCUGCAGUGUACGACGCUGCACCCGUAGCCUCGGCUCCAGUUCUGAAGGCCCCGUACAAGGCGGCUGUUGCUGCAGCGCCCGUGCCUGUGGCGUCGUACCACCAACCGGCUUAUGCCAGGCCAGUUGCCCCAGUUGCGGCCCCUGUGGCAGCACCCCUUGCCGCUCCUGGUUACGUGCCCAGGUACUACAGGCGAUAGGAACAGCGAUACACAUUUCGCCCAGUUAUCUACAUCUAGUGCGUCGUAUGCCUUGUAUUAUAUGUAAUAUUAUUAUGUGUGUCCACAGCUUCUGUGCGGAUUGAAGGGUAUAUAGGCAUUGUCUUCGUUGUGCUCUUGCAUAGUCUAGCUUUUUUAGAAUAAAACUUGUGCGAUCUA